CCUCUUCAUCACCAUCAUACCAUAUGGGUUCCCAAAGGGGCGGUAGUGACUGACUAAUGUGCAUUUAUGACAGGUGUUACCACUGAAUGUGAUUCACAUUUCCCUCAUGAACCAACCUUGGGAAAACAAACCUUUGAUGACAGGUUAUUAGUAUUUGCUUUCAGUGAAACUGGAUGUAAGUCGCGGAAUAUGCGCGUUCACAAUAAUGCCUGCAAAAGACCCGCUUAUCGAAACACUUAAAGGCAGCUCAGAAGGAACGGCCCGCUAUAUUCCUGGGGUAAACAAAAGACACACAGCUUUGGUGAGCUCCAGGGCAACCGAGUAUGCCAGUGUGUGCUGUUUUGGUCUGGGUUAAUGAAGCAAGUGUGCAUUCUGAAUUUGAAAUCUGUAGGAACUAUAACUGAUUCCAACCCACACCUGGCAUCCUGCUGUGAUCUCCUGGAACUUAUACUGCGAAAGGGACUACAACAGCCUGUUCUCAGUUUGGCACAUAGAGAUUACUGGAAUUGUUUUGAACAGCUUCUGCAUCACGACACAUGUGGCAGGUUGAGUUCAGUUUCUUUGGCCGUGCAGCAGACCACAGCCUGCAGCAAGCUCAUCACCUCUCAAGGCCGAGGACGCUUCUUCAUACGGCUCAUGCUGAUGCGGAGAACCCUGGGAAAUGUCUUAAAACACCUGCUGCACACAAACAGAGUCAUCGAGUGGUAUUGCCCUAAUGUUGCUAUUCUCAGAAAUGAGGAGUUUGUUGAACCGUUUCUUUCGCUGUCUAUGGUGCUGUCAGAAAUGAACUUUAAGAUCAAUAUUGAGAACUGCAGCUUCUUGGAUGAAAGCUGGCUGCUUCCGGUGCGUCAAAUCUACGAAGCUGUUCCCUGUCGAGAGCUGGGGAUGGUGCUUAGGUACCUAGAUGGACGCGUCUUUGUACUGGACCUGCUUCAGGGUAGUCAAGCUCAGGUGGAUAUGUUUGCCGAGCCUGGUGACAUCAUUGAUGAAAUGAAUGGGAUAUCACUGAGGAAUGCUAGCAAUGGGCAGGCAGGUGUGGUUCUGUCUAAGCUGAAGGGUCAGCCCCUUUCCAUUCACUUGAUACGUUGGAGAGGAGAAGAUGGGUCUAUCUAUCAGCCACUGGUCAAACACUUACGGCAGCUCAAACAGGAAAAACCCUCACUUCAGUUUGGCCCAAAACCAGCCUCUCAGCAGGACAAAACUUCGGAUCAGAAGAGAGGGCAGACACAGUGUGUGAAAGACGGCAGGAUCCUGUACGGUGUGCACCUCUUAGGAAAAGCAAACAUAGGAAUGUAUGGAGAUAAGGAGGUCCUGCAGCAUGCCAUUCCUGUGGUCCUGCAGAGCAGUCAGGCAAGAAAGGAAGUGCUGCUGGAUGUAAAGGAGACUCAUCUUACCUGCAUAGAUAAGUCCAAUAAGCAGGAGUUGUUUCAACAUCAUUUCCCUGAGAUAUCAUGUGUUGGGAGGUUUGGAAGCCACCCGGAUUUAACCAUUUUUGCUUUUUGUGUACUAGAUUCACCGCAAGCAGGCAAACAGUCCGGCUUCUGUUGUGUGGUCCUACAGGCUGCCACAAGUAGUGAGUGUGAAGAGAUAGUUAACCGUAUAGCCGCUGGGUUCAAACAUACAGAAUGGUUUGUCUGAAAAUUCAGAUCUUGAGUGGAUGGGACAUCUUCUGAAGUGUGCAUCAGGUGUUUUUGAGCACAAUACAUGUAUUGGAUUGUUAUAUAUUCUAUAUAUUAACAAUAUA